AUGAGGAGGCGACGGUGGGCGCCCCUCGCCGCCGCCUGCCUCGUUGCGCUCGCCGUGCUCCUGGCCGCCGUCCACGGCGGCGGCGCGCCAAAGCCCGCGGUCCGCCACUCGGGCGCGGCGCGUGUCGCCGCCUUCGACACCGCCGUCGCCACCAGCGUCGCGCGGUGCAAGAAGCAGGGGAACAGAGCUGGCGCCGCCUGCGCGGGGUUGCCCGGCGGAGGCGGCGGCGACGACGACGACAAGCGGGUCGUGCCCACCGGCUCCAACCCCUUGCACAACCGAUGA